AUGACAUUUCAGCCGCUUCACGCAUUAUUCGGAUUAUUUGUCGCCAUCGUAUCUAUUUUAUGUAUAUCAGUGUAUAUAAUCAUUCAAAAGAUAAUCAUAUCGGAUCGUGAUCUCAUAAAAUAUUCUACUUAUAAAAUCAUUCUUUGUUACGGUUUUAUUGAUAUUAUUCAGCUUUGCGUUUACAUAUGUAACGGUAUUUUUGCAAUAAUUGGUACUUCAAUACACAAGUGGAUCGAAAAAAUUUGCGGUUUUCAACUCAGCUUUUGCUGGUACAACAUUGAUUCUUUGACAGUUUUGCUGGCCAUAAAUCGAUUAGCAUUAUUAUACUUUGGUGCGCCGGCCGAGUUUUUUUUCAAUCCAAGAAUGACUUCGUUCAUACUGUGUUUUACAAUUGCCAUACCAUCAGUAUUUUCAUUUAUUUGGUUGACACCUUACGCCACUUAUGGAUUCAGCGCGGAAAAGUUGAUGUGGGUAUAUGAUAGUCCCGAUUUCAUGCCUUCCUUCGAUCGCAUAACUACUUUGGGAACUAGCAUACUGUCUACUACCUGUUACAUUCUCCUAUUGGGACUGGUUUUAAAUAAAAGUUCUUCAACAAGUAAUAAACUAAGUGACAGUUCAAGACGUCGAGAUACACUGUUAACGCUACAAGUAAUAAUCAAUGGAAGUUAUACUAUCUGUGUUUCCACCUAUUUCAUGUUCUUAAGGCCUUACUAUGUACCUUAUACUACAAUAUAUAACGCAGUUGAUAUUAUUUUAUGUGUAUUGUGGAAUGGAAAAAGUCCUAUCAUGCACUUAUUCUUCAAUCGAUAUAUACGUGCAAAUUUUCUUGAGAAUAUUCGGAACCGAAAAAUUUUCUCUUUAAUUCUAAAUGUGCUGCUGCGCUUACGACACAAAAUAUCUGUCAGUAGCUUGCCCUUAAAUCGAGUGGUACCGGUGAAGGCGGAUUAUGUCGACGAAUGUGAGCGAUAUAAUCCACAGUUUAAGCAAACUUUUAUCGUUACUGCAAAAGCAACUACGAAUGUGUACCAUUAA